ACAUGCGCCUUGUGAUCGUUCUCGCGCUUACAUUCCUACAACCAGGUAAACCAGACCUCCUCCGCGACAGUGUCCAUGUGACAUCGGCAGCGGCGAGACCCAACAAUGAGCUGUGGUGCUACAAAUGCCGGGCCGAGGUCCCGGACGACAAAUGCGCAGACCUCCGACAGAACAGCUCAUCGCUUAUCCACAAGUGCAUGAACGAGAAAAGAAUAUGCAUGGUGAAACGUUUUUCCUACACCACGUCCACUGAAAACUCUACCACAGCCUUGACAAUGUGGGCACUAGAACGAAAUUGCACCAAGAACUGCGAGCCAGGCUGCAUCGUAAUCGGCGAAAGGACCAAGCUCUACUCCUGCACGUCCUGCUGCGCCACAUCCCUUUGUAAUUACGGUUCUGGUGCCGAACGGCCUUGUACUGGAGCAAGAGCUAUAUCAGUGCUAUUCCUCCAGCUUUAUGUUUUUCUCUCAUAAGCAGGUUAUUUUCUAAGUGCACAAUGAUUUGUAAGAAAUUUCCAGCAUUACUUGAAAGCUAAAAUAUGUAGAAAAUUGACCGUAGACUGCCGCAAGAAUCAAAUUGUGCGAAGGCUUAUACCAUUACUUGCAUUGGUGACUUGGUGUGCAAAUUUUAUACAAUCACAAGACGUUGGUUGCGCAAAUCUGGUGAUGCAAAUUUGCACGCCAAGGAAGUAAUCUGGACGCAUUGGCAACCGAUGCGAUCAACUCUUUCUGCGUGAUCUCCUAUCUACUUUCUUUUGUCUUGGAUUGUCUCUUUGUCACUGUCGAGUCUGACAGCGAUGUGCGAUCAAAUUACAAAGAAAUUGUACCUGUUCAAUGAUCAGUUUAGAUAGAAAAAUUUACGCCAAUUUCUCUAAUACUUACUUAAAUAUUUCUCGUAAUACUUACUUCAAUAAUGGCUCCAGAAAUAUUUAAUAAAAAUUAUUGUUAUCCAAGUAGAAGCUUAAUUUCUUUACGAGCGCAAUUUUUAUAGGGAACGCAUUUUAUAUACCUGGGAAGAUUUAGUAAAUGCCUGGAUACAAUUUUUUUUAAUUCCUACAACUCUUGAGUUAGCCCAUGACUGCAAUUUCACCUUUCGGUAAGUGAUGAUGCAGUCUACGAUGGAACGGGCCAAUCUACUAGGUGUAUGGCAAUUAUAUUAGACCCUUACCCCUAAUCGGAUUCUAGGCGUCAGAACACCGGAACGCUAAAUCGGUUAGCGCCACGUCUUUGUCACCAUAUUAGAGCAGUGCUUUUUUCAUACUGGUACGAAAUGAAGUGUAGCCCCACUGGACUUAUGCUUUCAUAACAAAAUU